AUGUCAACGUUGGUGAAAGAGAAUAAGCAACAGGAACACUUGACUAUGACUGCACGAUUAAAAUUAUUAACGAGGCAAUAUGGCGCCUCCGCAAUAUCUGUCUACUUUAUUAUUUCUACAAUCGAUUUAGGAUUGACAUUCAUUCUGAUCCAAUCUGGUGGAUCUGAACGAGUGAAAAUGAUCGAAAAUUGGUUCACUGAAACAUUUGGGGCCUGGAUCGUACUGAAAAAAAAGAAAUUCCAACGUAAAGAGGAUGAUUCAAAGACGACUGUUAUAAAAGAAAACUCACGCGAAGAAUAUAUACAUGAUCAACCCAAAGACAAUGGCACCCGACAUUCUCCUUCAUGGGCGAGCACUUUUGUUAUCGCGUAUGGUAUUCACAAAAUUUUGUUUCCUCUUAGAUUAGGAUUGACAGCUGCAAUAACUCCACCAUUAGUUAGAAAAUUGAGGAAGAUGGGAUGGAAUAUCGGAAGAUCAAAUAAAAUUCAAUA